AUGUCUCUGUGCCCCGUUCCCAUCUCUUACUUAGGACUGGGGGGCGCAGGCCUAGCGCUCAGCUCCCAAUUCCAAGAAGGGCUGUUCCUUGGAAAGCCGGGAGGGCUCAGGAACUGGGUUACCAGCGCCCCGCAAGGGGACUUAGGGCAACGCUUCCAGUGCAGCUGGGGGGAGUCGUCGUCGCCCCCUCGCCCUCCCCUUCCCGGCUAUUGGGCCACCUUCCCGGCGCGCCCAGUGGACGGGGCGGGGCCCUUCGCAUCUCCCCUCGGUUCUCCUCCUCCGGGGCCCGGGCUAGGAGCGUUGGGAGGCGGGAGGCGUGCAGGGGCUCGGAGGGGCGUCCGGUUACAUCUCCGCCUUCUUCAACCCGGGCCGCGGAGUCUCUGGGUUUUGCGGGACUCGGGGUUCGGGCGCGUGCUGGGCGCGAUGAGCGGGAGCGGGGUUGCGUGGACGCGGGCGCUGCUGCUGCAGCUGCUGCUGGCGGGACUCGGGCUUUGCCUGAGCCGCCUCGAGCUCUUCCCCUUCGGCCCGGGCCAGGGGGACCUGGAGCUGGAGGCCGGGGACGACCAGGUCUCCCCCGCCUUGGAGCUGAACGGGGUGCUCCACUUCUACGACCGCUCCGACAUCGACUCGGUCUACGUCACCACAAAUGGCAUCAUUGCUAUGAGUGAACCCCCAAUGGAAGAAACUCAUCCUGGACUUUUCCCCCCAACUUUUGGUGCUGUGGCACCUUUCCUGGCGGACUUGGACACAACCGAUGGCAUUGGGAAGAUUUAUUAUCGAGAAGACUCGUCCCCUUUUGUCAUUCAGCUGGCAGCCGACUGCAUCCAGAGAGGAUUCCCAGACAUCUCCUUUAUUCCUAGCAGUGUGGUGGUUGUUACUUGGGAAUCUGUGGCCCCCUACCAAGGAUCUAGCAAGAACUCUGCCCAGGAAGACAAGAGAAAUACCUUCCAGGCUGUUCUGGCCUCCGGAGAUUCCAAAUCCUAUGCUAUUUUCCUUUAUCCUGAAGAUGGUCUACAGUUCUCUACAACAUUCUCCAAGAAAGACAAGAGUCAAGUUCCUGCUGUGAUGGCCUUCAACCAGGGCUUAGUGGGACUCUUCUGGAAAAGCAGUGGAGCUCAUAAUAUCUAUGCUAAUGACAGAGAAUCAAUUGGAAAUCUGGCCAAGAGCAGCAACUCUGGAAAGCAGGGCAUUUGGGUGUUUGAGAUUGGGGGUCCCGACACAACCAGUGGUGUGGUAUCUGCAGAUGUGAACCUGAGUCUGUAUGAUGGAGAAGAGUAUGAAGAUGAUUAUGACCUUGUGUCACGCCCAAAUGAGGAAGAUAUAGGCACAACAACCUCCCCCUAUGAAUCACCCAGAAGGGGAGACACUGGCAUAUAUAAGUCACCUAGGGUCUUCUCCCCACAACACCUGGCUACCGUGAGGCCCCCAGGACCCCGCAUUGAGAGGAAUGCGUCUUUCCAGUUGCCAGUGGAGAAGUUCCCCCAGCAGCACCCACAGGUCCUUGAUGUGGAUGAAGUGGAGGAGACAGAAGUUGUUUUCAGCUACAACACAGAUUCUCGCCAAACGUGCGCCAACAACCGGCACCAGUGCUCCGUGCAUGCAGAAUGCAGGGACUUUGCCACGGGCUUCUGUUGCAGCUGCGGAUCUGGCUACACGGGCAAUGGUCGGCAGUGUGUUGCAGAAGGUUCCCCACAACGAGUUAAUGGCAAGGUGAAAGGAAGAAUCUUCGUGGGGAGCAGCCAGGUGCCCGUGGUUUUCGAGAAUACAGACCUCCAUUCUUAUGUGGUGAUGAACCAGGGGCGGUCCUACACAGCCAUCAGUACUAUUCCUGAAACAGUGGGGUAUUCUCUGCUUCCUUUCGCGCCUGUUGGCGGCAUCAUUGGGUGGAUGUUUGCAGUGGAGCAGGAGGGAUUCAAGAAUGGGUUCAGCAUCACAGGGGGUGAGUUCACCCGCCAGGCUGAGGUGACCUUUGUGGGACAUCCAGGCAAACUGGUCAUUAAGCAGCAGUUCAGUGGCAUCGACGAGCAUGGACACCUGACCAUUGACACGGAGAUGGAGGGCCGAGUGCCGCAGAUCCCCUUUGGCUCCACUGUGCACAUUGAACCCUACACAGAGCUCUACCACUACUCCCGUGGGGUGAUCACAUCCUCUUCCACCCGGGAGUAUAAGGUGACAGAGCCUGAGAGAGAUGGGACUACCUCUUCAAAUAUCUACGCGUAUCAAUGGCGCCAGACCAUUACCUUCCAAGAAUGCGUUCAUGAUGAAUCCCAACCCACUCUGCCCAGCACCCAGCAGCUCGUGGUGGACAGUGUGUACGUUCUAUACAACCAGGUGGAGAAGAUCUUGCGCUAUGCUCUGAGCAACUCCAUAGGUCCUGUGAGGGAUGGCUCCCCAGAUGCUCUUCAGAAUCCCUGCUACAUUGGUACUCAUGGGUGUGACACCAACGCAGCCUGUCGGCCAGGCCCCGGGACACAGUUCAACUGCGAGUGCUCCAUUGGCUUCCGGGGAGAUGGACAGAUCUGCCAUGAUAUUGAUGAGUGUUCCGAGCAGCCCUCAGUAUGCGGGAGCCACGCAGUCUGCAAUAAUCACCCCGGAACCUUCCGCUGCGAAUGUGUAGAGGGCUAUCAAUUUUCAGAUGCAGGAACAUGCACACCUAUUGAGUCCCAGCGCCCCAUCGACUAUUGUAUAGCUGGUCUCCAUGACUGUGACAUUCCUCAGCGGGCCCAGUGUAUCUACACGCAAGGUUCCUCCUACUCCUGUUCCUGCCUGCCUGGCUUCACGGGGGAUGGCCGAGCCUGCCAAGAUGUGGAUGAAUGUCAGUUGAGCCGGUGCCACCCUGAUGCCGUCUGUUACAACACUCCAGGCUCCUUCAUGUGCCAAUGCAAACCUGGCUAUCAGGGAGACGGCUUCCGAUGUGUACCGGGAGAAGUGGAGAAGACCCGAUGCCAACUGGAGCGAGAGCACAUCCUGGGUGCUGCUAGACAGUCUGACUCCCAGCGGCCCCUACCGCCUGGGCUCUUUGUCCCUGAGUGUGACGAGCAUGGACAGUACAUGCCUACCCAGUGCCAUGGCAGCACUGGCUAUUGCUGGUGUGUGGAUCGUGAUGGCCGGGAAGUGGAGGGAACCAGAACGAGGCCUGGGACAAGGCCACCCUGUCUGAGUACAGUAGCUCCCCCACUUCACCCUGGACCUGCCGUUCCUACUGCUGUAAUCCCGCUGCCACCUGGAGCCCACUUGCUCUUUGCCCAGACGGGAAAGAUAGAACAUCUGCCUUUGGAAGGAAACACCAUGAAGAAGACAGAAGCCCGGACGCUGCUGCAUGCCCCAGAUAAAGUCAUCAUUGCUGUGGCCUUUGAUUGUGUGGACAAGAUGGUUUACUGGACUGACAUCAGCGAGCCUUCCAUUGAGAGAGCCAGUCUGCAUGGUGGAGAGCCAACAACUAUCAUUCGACAUGAUCUUGGAAGCCCAGAAGGCAUUGCCAUAGACCAUCUUGGCCGCAACAUCUUCUGGACAGAUUCUAACAUGGAUCGAAUAGAAGUAGCAAAGCUGGAUGGUUCCCAGCGCCGGAUACUGUUUGAGACUGGUUUGGUGAAUCCCAGAGGCAUCGUGACAGAUCCUGUGGGAGGGAACCUUUAUUGGACAGAUUGGAACAGAGAUAGCCCCAAAAUUGAAACUUCUUAUAUGGAUGGUACGAACCGAAGGAUACUUGUACAGGAUGACCUGGGCCUGCCCAAUGGGCUGACCUUCGAUGCCUACUCAUCUCUGCUCUGCUGGGUAGAUGCAGGCACCAACCGGGCGGAAUGCCUGAAGCCUGGUCAGCACAGCAGACGCAGGGUUCUUGAAGGGCUCCAGUAUCCUUUCGCAGUGACAGGCUUUGGGAAGAAUCUUUAUUACACAGACUGGAAGACGAAUUCCGUGGUUGCUGUAGACCUUGCUAUUUCCAAAGAAGUAGAUAACUUCCACCCCCACAAGCAGACCCGGUUAUAUGGCAUCACUACUGUCUUCUCUCAGUGUCCCCAAGGUCACAACUACUGCUCUGUAAACAAUGGUGGCUGUACCCAUCUCUGCUUAGCUACUCCAGGAAGCAGGACAUGCCGCUGCCCUGACAAUACAUUGGGAGUUGACUGUAUUGAGCAGAAGUGAAGACAAGUGCCUUGUUCUCUCUCAUGUAUUUCACUGCAACACCCUACUUGAAAGGGUUCAGACUAACAAUUCUCUGUUCUAGUGGCUGAGUGACCACCAAGCUAAGUAAGAUUCAGUCUGAACACCAACAAUGUUCCCCUCACACUUCCCCAAAGCAUAUUUCUUGAACUUCUGAAAUGGGAAUUGUCUAUCCCUAAAAUAGACAGAAGAUUCCCAAUAUGACUUUCAGACAAUCUUAUUCCACCCAGGAUUAUAGACUCUAUGCAAAUGUUCUGGCACCUUUUCCCAACCUUAGCAACCCAGUGUUGAGCAGAGCCUCCCCUGUGCUUGAGCUGUCCCCUUCCUUGUGGCCUUAUGAGCUCAGCCUCACUUUGAAUCACCCUGUGCCUUCCUUAACUUACCAGCGAGGGCCAUUUAGACAAGCUUGUGAAUAAAGGAGGACAUUAACCCUCCCAUA